AUGAGCACAACAGCCCCUUGCAGAUUUUGGCUGCCUCAACCAUGCACACCUUCCAGCACUUUCUAUUCCCCGCAACUCCUUUCCAGUUCUUUAUCCUCAGAACACUUGGGUUUCUUUCCACAUCACCCAGCCAUCUAUUUGGAGGAAAGCUUUACUUACCUUGAAAAAGAAGAUACUGAAGAGAAAAAUACAGACGCUUUGCAAGAAUUACCAAAAUUAUCUGGUAAUAUUACUGACAUGACUAUGUGUGCUAUAUAUCCAUUACUUGCUCUGACUUCUGAUACAGGUUUGGUCUCUGUCUAUAAUUGGAUUGCUAAAGAAAUUAUUUGUUCUUAUUCCUACAUAUUAUCAGCAACUACUGUCAUAUGGCCAAAUCCUAAAUUGGAUGGUGUUGGUGCUUCAAUAAUUGUAGGUUUUGGUGAUGGUACUCUACGUUGGUUCAAGUUAGUAAAAGAGGAUGCAAAACAAACACCAGAACAGAAUUUGGACUCUGAAGAGAAGGAGAAAGAUAUGACAGAUGAAGAAAGAGAGAAAAUAAUACAAGAGGAAGAUGGAACUAAAGCUUCCAACGAGGCACAAGAAGGAAAUUUAGAUCUUAAUAUUAGCAAAAAACAAGAAACCAGUUCUUCAGAGGAAAUGCUUGUUGAAGACAAAGAACAAGAUAGCAUUAGUGAAAUUUUGCAACACAAGGACAAUGAACAUGAGCAUGUUGCUGCAGAUGAAAAAGAAGAAGAUGAAGAGUAUAACUUAAAAUUACAAGCUGUAACUAAACCCCAUACAGAUGCAAUUAGUUGUUUAGGUGUUAAUGAAGAGUCAUUAGUUCUAGUUUCACAGGGUUUGGAUUCAAAAUUAUUCUUUUUCCAUUUGAAAGAUUUUGACUUUAUACCUUUGGGCUUUUAUAUAAAUAAUCAUAUAGUUAAUAGUUUUGGAUUUCUGAAUUAUAGCAAUGAUUCUGAAUUUAAUCAGGAUUCAGUACAUCUUUUGAUAUUUUGUAAACACAGUUAUAUAUUAGAAGUUGAUAUUCCAAGCAUAUUUUCUGAUGCAACUGAUGAUUCUCGCUUGACUUAUUGCAUUGAAAAAUUUAAUUGCCAGAUUUAUAAAAUUAAUGGACUUUUAAAAUAUCACGAGUUGGGAGAUCGGGUUUCUGACAUUAAUCUUGAUGAAGUAUCUGAUAUUGGAAGAGAUGUUUUGCUAAAUUUGAAAUAUCAGGAAAAGAAAAAAAAAAGAGAAGCUAAAGAACAAGAACUUGGCAUUUCUGGUCCUCCUGUGCCUCCUAAAAUUUUAAGCCAUCUACCUUCAAAAUUCCCUGGUCGAUUAUGGCUUUCCUUGGGCAAAAAUGAUUCUGGAUAUCUUUUUGAAUUCCAAUUUAUUAAGGAAUUUCAAGAGGAACCUAUAGAAUUUAUUCCAUGUAGAGCCGUUGAAAUCAUUACUGCCAACUAUGUUCCUAUUAUUUCCAUGAAUUUCAGUUUUUGUGGAAAGUUUUUGUAUAUGGGCCUUGAAGAUGGGACACUGCAUUAUUGCUGCUUGCAUGAUCUUUUUGAACCUUCAUCCAGUUAUGGCUUUGAAAAAUUGGAAGUUCCUGGUUCUGCUCCCCAUAGUGUUGAAAAUGCAUAUGCUUCACCUGAUGGAAGAUUAUUUCUUGUUGCCCCAAAGCUGUUGAGCUCUUCAAGGAGAAGACCAAAGCACUCCUGAGAGAACAGGAUAAGGAAUAUGAAAGGGAUUUAGUGAAAACUUCUUUGAUUAAACAAAAGUAUUUAGAGUGUUUCAAAUCCAAAAUUUCCUCUGAAAAGUUUUUUGUUGAAGAAGAGGGCCAGAAGGUAGAAAAUUACAGAGGAUGCAUCAUGCCAUCUUUUACUAGAAAUGGACAGACAAAAUAUCAGCAAGUUUAUGGAAUAAAAGUAGAUAGGAAGGAAGAAUCUCAGGAACUACCAAUUGGUAAAUCUGAUGCGAAUAAAAAGAGCAACAAAACAGAUAAACUGAAACAGAAACUAACUUCACUCAUGAAGGAUAUAAUUUCCUAUCCAAUAGAUGGCCCAGCCACAGAUAUUAUUUUGAAAUACAAUAAAAGGAAACAGGAUCUAGCAGAACGAUUAAAACAACGCAUUGCCACAGAAGAAGCUCUUGACAACAUUGUAUUUGAUGAAGAUAAGUAUAAAAAUACAAGGAAUGAAAUUCAAGAAUCUUUAUACAAGUUUAAAGAUACUGUGGGUUAUGAGUUUGUAUUUCCGAGUAUAAACU